UCAACUGACUCCUCUUUCAUUACCCAGCUUUGACAGCGUUUGAGGUGGCUCGAAGCGUCAAACCACUUCACAAACAGUACCCGCCUACGACCCGCGCCAACCAUGGACUACGAUUACUACGAGGACAUGGCCAGGCGACGCAAGGCUUUUCGUGCGAAAUGGCCGGAGCAGAGCCCCAGCCCGCCGCCGCCUGAGGUUCCUCAGGCAGCCCAGCCCAUACAUCAAAACAUGGCACAUUCCUUUGAGAAUUACAUUGACCUGAGCUCACCUGAGUCGAUUCCUCAAUCUCCGCCUCCACAAAAUCCACUGAAGCGCCCCCGAACAGUCCAAGCCAUUAGCAACGCUUCACCAUCUACGUCCACAGAUGGGGGCCGGCAGCCACCGGAUUGGUAUAGCAAGCUCAGACUGGACAGUCAAGCGGUGAAGGCAGCGCGAAAUAAUACCAGAAAAUACGGUCCCACGAUGACUAAGCUCCAGGGCAUCAAGGCUGCUUGCAAGGCUUGUGAAGAAGCAUCGCCAAAAACGUUAAUGGCGGAGAUGACUAAGCGUUUCGAUACCCUACGAAACUUGAUUCACGACGUGGAGUUCCUCACAGUCGAUCAAUAUCUGAUCAGGUCCUUCCGAAUGCUCGAGAACAGGACCGGAUUGCCUCGCAUUUUCGACCCAAAGUUCACAGAAGGGGUUGAUUAUCCUUGGGAUCUCAAGGCAGAUGCUGAACAGCUCUACACCAGAUGGUGCAGAGAAAUCUUUUCCAUUGAUAUCCUCCGCGGGAUAAAGCGGGCCUUCGACGGGCAGCGCAAUUCCGAUAAGAUCGAUCCUGAUUACAAGCAACGAUUGUAUGCAAACUACUAUGGACAAGGCAAUCUUAUCAACGGCCAAUGGUGGCCCACCCAGCUCUGCACCCUCCGAGAUGGUGCUCAUGGGAGUGCGCAGGGUGGGAUCUUCGGCGAGAAGGAUAGAGGCACCUAUUCCAUUGUGCUCUCUGGUGGCCAUAAGUACGGCGAUGAAGACCACGGCGAGGAAAUUUGGUACACCGGGACCGAUAGCAAGGAUGAAACACCGACUGAAAAUACCAAGCGGCUGAUCGAGUCCUGCGAGAUGCCGGAAAAUGAGAAAGAGCCCGUCCGCGUCAUCCGCUCCUGGAAUCUGGGUAAAGAGAAUAAGUACCGUCCUGAGGGUGGUUUCCGGUACGACGGGCUGUACGACGUUAUUGAAUCCCAGUCGAUUGGUAAAGAAAAGGGGAUGUACAAGUUCUUCCUCGUCCGAAGAGGCGGCCAAGACCCGAUUCGCUACGAAGGUGUCGAGAUGAGACCGACACAGCAGGAGUUGAAAGAAUACAAAAAGCUGCAACAGGAGAAUAAAUUAUGAUGAAUCAUUCGGUCUAAACUCUCACUAUCCGGGCUUCUCCUGGCAGCUUUUGGCGGGAUUUCGUGGCGUUUGGGUAGGUUGAAAUGGCAAUUGGUAUGGAAGGCUCGCCAGGUCUCGGGUCU